UAUUUUGCGACACCGAAACACUGUUUCUCCUGAACCAUUGGGAACAAUAUUCAUGGAUAAUCAAGCCAUGGAAACUGCGUCCGUCUUCUUUAGAUAAAAAAUUCGAAAUACGAUAGAAAAUGGCGGAAAAUGAUGAUGAUGCAUAAUUAUCAAAAAUGAACAUUUUGAAAAGGAAUAUAAAAUAGUUUUUGGUGAAAAUGAAAUACCAAGUACUGAUUACAGUCAAAUGCAACAUUCUAAGAAUCGUUAUUGAUCAAUAAAACUGAAUAAAUUUACAAAAUGCAGACCUCCAGACGGCAGCCAUGUUGAAAUUAGCAUGCCCGGAUGCUAUAUAGCGAUAGCCUCGUUUUCAAUAAUCUUGUCCCAGAUGUUCCAAAGCGAAAGUAGCGGAAAGGACCAGAAAAGAAAUAAGAAAAAGUUAAAUAAUGUGCAAAUGAAUGUUAUAGUGUAUUUUUAUACAGAACCAAUACAACAGAUAAUUUAUUUAACCAUGAUAGUUCAAUUGAAGAUUUAAAAAAAGGGAAAUAAUCCAAGAAAUUCAGACUGUAUAGAGGAGACAACCAAUUAUAUUACCAUAUCAUGCAGGAAGAAUCAUACAUAGUGAUGCAGAAUUUUGAUAAUGAAGAACUUGGUUUGUCUUCGGCAGACCUUAAUACCAUUAUACAAGUUCCUACGUUAGAACCUUUUAUAUUAAGUGAAGAAAGUGUUCUUGAAAACAUCAGUUCAAUUGAUGCCAGUGGUAUCCAUGGUGACCUUUUGGAAAAUUUAGAUCAAAUGGAACUUCAUCUAGAAUGUGAUGAUGAUCGAAAUUAUGAUAUGCCAUGUAUAAGUGAUGAUGUUCAUGUUUUACCAACAGCUCUGUUUGGAAAUAAUGUGAGCUUAUGCAUAUCUUUCUCAAAUAAUUCAUCAGUUAAACUGGAAAAAGAGUGUAAAAAUGAAUAUUCUUGUUCACUCUGUAAUGAAAAAUUUAAAUUUGAAUCAAAGUUUUGUAUGCAUAUGUUAAACAAUCAUCAAGUGGCAAAUCCAUUUCAGUGUGAGUCUUGUAACUAUGCCGCAUCCUGUCGGAAGGUACUUUUAAAGCACUUCAAAAGACGUCACACCAAGAUUUUGGACUCUAAAAAACCUCAUUUUUCUGAUGUUACAAGUGAAUCUCAAAAGCAGAAUGAACAGGACCCUAUAAAUGAAAUAGUUUUACCAGACACAGAACCUGAAUAUAAUACAACUGGUGGCAGUGAUCGAAGUGAUAUUUCACAUCAAGAACAAAAUAAUAGUAAUUGUGUCAGUCAAGUUGAUUCGGUCUUAAAAUGUUCCCAAUGUGAUUACACUUGCAAACAAAAGCGAAGUCUGCUCCUUCACAUCAAACGCCAUUCAGGUGAAUAUGAUUCACAAUGUGACAUUUGUCAGAAGAAAUUUGUUACAACUACUGCAUUAAAGAGACAUUCUAAAACACACCAAGAAACUAGAUCGUUUGUUUGUACAUUUGAAAGCUGCAAUAAAAGUUUCAAAGUCAAAAGUGCAUUGACUGAUCAUAAAAGAUAUGUCCAUGGAAAAACAUGUAUAGAUGUGAAACAAAAUGGCCAUAAAAAACAACAGAGUAAAUCAAAGAAUUGUGACAAGAAAUGCAACUACAAGUGUACUUAUGACAAAUGUGAAAAGUCUUUUCGAGAUUCUUACAAUUUAAGAACACACAUGGCAGUACACACUGGUGUGAAGGAACAAAAAUGUCCAGACUGUGAUUUUAUAUGUGUUCAGAAAGCUUCUAUGAAUUGGCAUUUAAAAUCAAAACAUAAUAAAUAAAGUUUACCCGACAAGUUGAGUUUACAAAUGUACACAUAUAUUGUACUUCAUAUAGAAAAAUAAUUAUAUGGAGGGGUACAUGUAUAUGAGAAAAAGAUGAAUAAUAAACCUGAAAAUAUCAUAAGGUAUUGGUAAAAAGUAAUGUGGCGAUUUUGGAUGAUAGCAGUGCCAAAAAUUUUGUUGAUAUUGUUUAUUUUUGUGGGGACAAAUAUUUAUGUAACAUUGUGAAUACUAAUUUAUGUAUAAUGAAGACUUCGUAUUUUAACUUAAA